AUGGCGGCGGCGGCAACCGUGCAGCGGCCUGAGGCUGAGACAGUCGAAGAGGCCUCAGAUCCGCAGUGGCCACUGCCGCCAGAGCAUCGCCCUUCCGUGCCAGCGACCCAACCAGGCGAUGGCGAAGAGGCACCGGUGCGGCCACUGUGCAAGCCACGGGGCAUCUGCUCCCGCGCCUACUUCUUGGUGCUGAUGGUGUUCGUGCACCUGUACCUUGGCAACGUACUGGCGCUACUGCUCUUCGUUCACUACAGCAACGGGGAUGAGAGCACAGACCCCAGACCCCAGCACCAAGAGGAAAGCCCACAGUCAAUGCCAACCUUGGGUCCCCUCACUCGGCUGGAGGGCAUCAAGGUGGGGUAUGAGCGGAAAGUCCAACUGGUCGCAGGCAGGGAUCACUUCAUCCGAACCCUCAGCCUCAAGCCAUUGCUCUUUGAAAUCCCGGGCUUCCUGAGUGAUGAGGAGUGUCGGCUCAUCAUCCACCUGGCACAGAUGAAGGGCUUACAGCGAAGCCAGAUCCUGCCCACCGAAGAGUAUGAGGAGGCAAUGAGCACCAUGCAGCUCAGCCAGGUGGACCUUUUCCAGCUGCUGGAUCAGAACCAUGACGGUCGCCUGCAGCUCCGAGAGGUCCUAGCCCAGACUCGCCUAGGAAACGGCCGGUGGAUGACUCCAGAGAACAUUCAGGAGAUGUAUGCUGCGAUCAAGGCAGACCCUGAUGGUGAUGGAGUGCUGAGUCUGCAGGAGUUUGCCAACAUGGACCUUCGCGACUUCCACAAGUACAUGAGGAGCCAUAAGGCAGAAUCUAAUGAGCUGGUGAGGAACAGCCACCACACAUGGCUCCACCAGGGUGAGGGUGCUCACCAUGUUAUGCGUGCCAUCCGUCAGAGGGUGCUACGCCUCACUCGCCUUUCUCCGGAGAUUGUGGAGCUCAGUGAGCCACUGCAGGUCGUUCGAUAUGGCGAGGGAGGCCACUACCAUGCCCAUGUGGACAGCGGACCUGUGUACCCAGAGACCAUCUGCUCCCAUACCAAGCUGGUAGUCAAUGAGUCUGUGCCCUUCGAGACCUCCUGUCGCUACAUGACAGUGCUGUUUUAUCUGAACAACGUCACUGGUGGGGGUGAGACCGUCUUCCCUGUGGCAGACAACAGGACCUAUGAUGAAAUGAGUCUCAUUCGGGAUGAUGUGGAUCUCCGCGACACUCGAAGGCACUGUGACAAAGGGAACCUUCGUGUCAAGCCCCAGCAAGGAACUGCAGUCUUUUGGUACAAUUACCUGCCUGACGGGCAAGGUUGGGUGGGUGAAGUGGACGACUACUCGUUGCAUGGGGGCUGCCUGGUCACCCGCGGCACAAAAUGGAUCGCCAACAACUGGAUCAAUGUGGACCCCAGCCGGGCACGGCAAGCUUUGUUCCAGCAGGAGAUGGCUCGCCUGGCGCGGGAAGAUGGCGCCGACUCUCAGCCCGAGUGGGCCUUGGACAGGGCCUACAGUGAUGCCCGCGUGGAGCUCUGACGCGAGGCCCAGAUACGAGUCCCCCGAUGACCAACA